AUGUUUUCCGACCUGAAGGGCAAGCUGGUCCUCAUCACUGGCUGCACCGGAGGCAUCGGGCAGGCGACUGCACGUGCCUUUGCCCGCUCCGGCUGCUCAGUAGCAGUGCACUACCAGGCGGCAUCCUCGCGCGCCAAAAAGGCAGACACGCUCCUCUCCGACCUCACCGUUGCCAGCUCCGACGCGCGGUUCGCCGCCUUCCAGGCAGACCUAUCGAACUACGACGAGGCGCGCCGCCUCCAUGUGGAGGUCAUGCAGCAGAUCGGGCACCCGGACAUCCUCUUUGCGAACCACGGCAUUGCGGGGCCUAAGAUUGGCCCGCAGGGCGACAUCAAGGACGUGCCCGUAGAGGUGUUCGAAGAGACGUGGCGGAUGAACACCAUCACGAGCUACGUGCUCGCGCAGCUCCGCGUGCCGCUCAUGGAACCGCAGAAAUAUGGUCAUGUCAUUUUCAUCCCUUUGCCCGAAAUCCAUGGCACUCGUAGACUGACACAGACUCCUUCGACCCUCCUCGCGCAGGCACACAGUGGCGCGACACCGCACUGCGAGCACCGCGAGCAUGACCACGGCGGCCAUCGCCGCGCUUCGCUGCAGCCGCUGCAGGACACGCCGCAGUCGCCCUUUUUCCCACUCGUACUCGCACCGACGCCCGUGCACAUGAAGAGCAGCAGUCGGAAGCCGGGGCAUGACUCGCGUGGCGGGUCAUGCGAGCAUAUCAGCGUGCAGCCCCUGGCGCCCACGAGCCGGCGGGCAAGCCAGCAGCAGGUGCGGGAGUGCGAGAGGGAACGGGAGCGGGAACGCGAGAGGGAACGCGAUGCGGGGCUCAGCCCGCACCCAUAUGUGACGGCGCCGAGCUCGGGCAGGUACCGCGCGACUACGUACGGGCAUUCGUCACCGGUGCCGCCGAACAGUGGUGCACCGCCGGUGAACGGGAACGGCACGGGGGCACGGAACACAAAUGCGUCCGAGUCCUUUGUGUAUGCGCAGACGCCGCAGGGCAAGGGCAAGGACUCGCGCGAGGACACAAUGGCGGGGGCAAACCGCGUGGAGCCAAACGGCUUCGGCGUGCGGGCGCGCGGGAUGAGCAUGUACGACCGCGAGCACAUGACGAAGGUCGGGGAGCAGGAGACAAAUACUUCUUGCGACGUAUAUGGUAGUCAGUGGAAAUGA